UAAUUUAAUGUUCCACUUGUUCCCAGUGAGAAUCAUGUAAUUUACUUAAAAGGGUUAUAAAUAUAUACAAAUAUUUAUUUUUUUUCUUCUCUAAUUAAAAGACACAUUUAAUAGAGAAAAAAAUCUUUUCUUUUUUUUCUGUGAUUUUGUUUCUUUAUUUUCUAUUCUAUUCUAUUCUUUUUUUUCUCUCUCUCUCACUUAUUUUGUGCUUCUACGGUGAUUUUAUCUUAUCUCACCUUUGCUUCCAUUUAAAACACAAAAUAUACAUCACAAUUAGAGUCAACAAUUAAUUCUCUCACAAUGGAUAUUGAUCAUCAUCAACAAUCUUCAUCUUUCUCGCCCAUUGUAUAUAUUGCAACUUUUGGUGCCAAUGUAGUUGCUGUUAAGAUCCUCUUUUCACUUUUAUCUGGUUAUCCACUGGCCAUUAUUUAUAAUUGUUUAAUCGUCAAUCGAAGUGAAGUGAUAAAAAAAUUGUUCUUCUCAGGAACUGGUCUGGCCUUGGGACUUUUCAAUUAUGGCUAUGAUUUUUUCCAUACAACUAUCACAAUCUUCACCAUGUAUUUUGUUCUUAAAUGGUUUGGUGGGACUAAAUUUUCUGUAACAUUUGCGUUUCUUUUUAAUUUGGGUUAUUUAUUAGCUGGUUAUUUUAUUACACAAAUCAAAUCAAAUGAAUAUAGUUUCGAAUGGACUAUUCCACAGUGUGUUUUAACCCUCCGGCUAAUUGCGAUCGCUUUUGACCUUUACGAUGGUAAACGAAUCGCGGCUAAAGUUAUAGUCGAUGGCGAACCAAUUAAAAAUGAAACACCGAUAACUGAGGCUCCUGAAAUUCUUGAACUUUUCGCAUGUUGUUAUCUUCCCUUUUCGUUUAUGGUUGGACCACAAUUUGAGUAUAAAAAAUUCCAGCAAUUUCUCAAAGAGAAAGAUAAUGUUCUACCUGCAUGUGCAUCACAAGCGAGUAUUAAACUUGGACUUGGACUUUUAUAUUUAAUUUGCUUUCUUGCUGGAGAGAAAUAUUUCCCUCCAUCACUUUUGCUAUCAGAUUAUUAUAAAACCUCAGGAUUUUUCAUGAGCUUCACUUUAAUUACUUUAACUACGAAGAUACAAACAUGCAAAUAUAUUGGAAUUUGGCUUCUCGCUGAGGGAAGUCUAAUAAUGUCUGGAUUCACUUUCGUCAAGUCAAAUUCAACAUUCAGAAGCUAUUGUAAUGCAGAUCCGUAUCUUUUUGAAACCUCUCCAAAUUUUACUGGACUAAUCAAAGCCUUUAAUAUAACUACUAACCAAUGGUCAGGAAAAUAUGUUUUCAAGAGAUUGAAAUUCUUAGGGAAUCGGAUUAUCAGUCAUGCUGCAACUCUCAUGUUCUUGGCUGUUUGGCAUGGAUGGAAAUCUGGUUAUUAUGUUACCUUUGGAAUGGAGUUUCUGAUCAUGAAAAUGGAGUGGGAGGUGAUGGCAAUAAUUAAGAAUUUACGACAAUCAAAUAAGUCUCUGGACAAUUUGCUAAAUCAAAGUUACAUUCGUUUACCAAUAUUAAUCUUUCUUCAUAUUUACACCGUUUACAUGUUCGGAUAUUGUCUCGCUUCAUUUACUCUGUUAACAUACAAGCGAUGGGUUCCCGUUCUGAAGCACGUCUAUUUUUCAGGUCACUUAUUUUACAUAUCAUGGAUACUUAUUUCACCCUGGGUCCAUAAAAUGGUUCUUCCUGAACGCCGUUCAUCAAGCCGAUCGUCGAUUUCAUCUUCAUCUUCAUCAUCAUUAUCAUCAACAUCUACAACUUCGCUACCAUCUUCAUUGUCCCAAUCAAAACCAUCAGAAAUUACUAAUAAUUUGCCAACCCAACAAUUGUUAUCUGAUGAAUCGAAAACAAAUCUGAUUAACCAGAUAUGUAUAAUUUAUUAUAAUUAUUACAACAAUAAUUAUAUUACAUUAUUGAUCUCUCUCUCCUCUCUCCUCUCUCAUCCUCUUCAUACAUAUAUACAAUGUAAAACCGGAGAUAAUUAAUCAUCUUCUAAAACUAAUUGGGUUGAAAUCUUUGUCUAUUAUAUCAUCAUUCAAAUUAAUUGUUUCCAAUCCAAUAUCAAACUGUAAAUUAAUUGAACAACAAUUUUGGUGAUGAUAAUGAUGAAACAUUUUGUGAUCCUGGGGAUGAUUAUAUUACAAUGACAAAUUUCAUUUGACAACUUAAUUGGAACCAUCUACAAAUUCAUUAUAUCGACAAUUAAGGAUCAAAUUUAAUUGAAUUACUCUUUCUGUCUUCUAUCAAUAAUAAUGAUACAAAUUCCUCUUCCCUAAUGCACUUUACACUAAAUUGUUUCAAUAUUCACAAUUUAAAUCAAAACAACAACAACAAAACUAAUAGAUGAGAAAACGAAACAAGAAAUGACACCAAAUGUUAAUUGCUUAAGAAUAAAUUAAAAUAUUUAACUAAA